AUGGAGGCUGUAUCAGGGGCGCCUGAUACUGUCUCAUACACAAGUGAGACUCAUCAAGAGACCCGAGAUAUAAACAUAAAUAUUCAUAAUAUUGAAACUCAUCAACACUCACAACAGCGAAAAGAAGGAACAGAGAAUUCAAUGACUGAAAUGGAAACAGUUCCCUCAGGUAUAACUCAAAAACACAAUACGGUCUUACCAGAAGUAGAGAAAAAAAUACGUAAUUUUGCAGAUAAUAAUGAAACUGGAAAUGAUUCUGAGCGAAAAGAACAACAACAAGAAGAAACGUAUGCUCAUGAGCAAAACCCCGAGAUUCGUUCAGCUAAUAGUCAUAAGGAAAUAGAAGAAAAUAUAUCAAGCGACACUAAACUUAUACAGACGGGAAGAGAUAAUUCACCUGAUAUAGUACAAGAUAACCUUAAUCAUACUGCUUCCAAUCCAACUACAAUACAGGAACAAAACCCUGAGAAUAUACAAGAUAUCAGUAUUACUGGACAAGAUUCGAAACAUGACGAGAGUAAAGAGCACGUAGAAAUCACUCUGAAUGCUAGUAAAAACGAGAACACGAAAAUCAUCAGCACACAUCACGACACCGAGGAGGACCAGGCUACAAACCAAAUUGAAAAUAUAUAUGACAACCUGAAAGAUGAUACCAUGAAUGAAAACAAGGCCACACAUGACGCUACAGAAUCUAGGGAAAGACAAAAUGAACAAACCUCUGCACCAGAACCAUCAAAUCUUGAGACGAUAAGUGAACGUAGCAUCGAAUUGAAACAUACAAUAGGUGAAGGAUCAGAUAUACUGACCCAGCUAGAGCAAGAAAGGGGCAAGACGAUACCGUCAACCAAUGUAUCACAUUUAGAAAAUUCAACGGGGAAAGAUAAUAGUGAAAAACAUGAUGAAAUACCGUCCACUCAUUUUGACCUUCCUGAAGGCUUAACGGCAAAUCUUUCUAAUUUAAGUUCAACUUCUAAUUUUAUUGACAAAGAGCAAAGUAGUGCUAAGACCACCCCAGGUACCCCAGAAGGCAAUAUGAAUAUGGGACAAGAGGACGACGCCAUGAAGUUAGAACUAAGUACGCCACAGUUGGACAACGAUGAUUUCGUUAAACUUUUAGAAUUCGAUCCAAAUCAUGAUCCUGAUAUUUUUUCUUCAAAUGAAAUAUUACAGCAAGCUAUUUCCAAUGAUAUCAAUGAAGACGGGCAUGUAAAUACCAGUGACAAUAUUACGACUGAUGAAAAAGAUAAUUCAAAUGAUGUGAAUGCUAAAGAAGCCACUGAACAAUCAAGUGUUAGCAGAGGUCAUACACCGGAAAUUAACAACGAUAGUAAUAGAGAAAACACGGAAGACGUUCUAAAUCAAAAAGAAGAUAUUCAAGUUAAAACUGAGAAUGAAGCGGUAUUAUCUCGAGAUGAUGAAAACCAACCACCUCAUCACCAAAAUGAUCCGGCAAAAAUAACUACCGAAACUUCCAUGGAAGUAAAACAAGAAAACAAUCUCACACAAUCAAAUGCACUAAAUCUCCCCAAAACGUUUGAAACCAACAUAAAUUUAGAAGAAAACACCCCUGCUUCCAUAAUAUUUGGGAAAAACAAUUUAUUGAACCGACAGAGACAGAAUUCAUUGACUCCAGUAAUGUUUCAGCGACAUGAGUUAGUUGCACUAAACAACUCUACUUCACUAAAUACUGACAAACCUGCCAAUGGGCUGGAAUCCGCUAAUCUUGAAAAAGAUUCAAAUAUACAGUCGCCUAUUAACUUAAAAUCGGUAGACUCUCAAACGUCAAUACCACCCAGUGAACAACCAACAAUUUUUGCCUAUGCACGUCUAGAUUUCCAAAGUUUUACAUUUUAUGUUCAAACAUUACAUGCAAUUAUUGGUAGAAGAUCAGAGAAUGAUUUUUCACAUAAAGUAGAUGUUAAUUUAGGUCCAUCGAAAUCGAUAUCAAGGAGGCAUGCUCAAAUUUUUUACAAUUUCGGUACAGGAAGAUUUGAACUUUCAAUCAUUGGUAAGAAUGGUGCGUUUGUUGAUGAUGUGUUUGUUGAAAGAGGUAAUACUGUCCCACUCCGAAACAAGACUAAGAUUCAAAUCGGACAAAUCCCAUUUCAAUUUAUACUUCCGGAAGGGCAAGAUAAUGGUACAUCCGUAUCACCGCCACCUGAAGCAACAAAAAAUGCAGAACUUGAACAUGUAAUGGAUAUGGGACUAGCUCAAGAAGAUAUAAUGGACUCUGCAGCAGCUGAACUCCAAAAAUCGAAAAAGAAACAGAAAGAAUCAUCAGUUACUACCAAGAAGAAAACACAAUCACCUAAACCUGCUAUAAAGAAGGAGAAGAAAGUUAUCAAACCUCCAAAGAAAGUAUACACUAUUGAUGAAAUACCAGUAGAAUACAGGGCUAAACCAGCAUAUUCAUAUUCUGCAAUGUUAACUACUUGUAUCAGGAAAUAUUCCAAUGCUAACGGUAUGUCUUUGUCUGAAAUAUAUGCUGGUAUACGGGAGCUCUUCCCAUAUUAUAAAUAUUGUCCAGAUGGUUGGCAAAGUUCGGUGAGACAUAAUUUAUCAUUGAAUAAAUCUUUUAGGAAAGUAUCCAAAGAAGGUAAAGGUUGGUUAUGGGGACUUGAUGAAAACUAUAUUGCUGAAAGAGAAAAACUGAAAAAGAAACAAGCUGAAGCUGCAGCAGCAAAGGCACAAGCAACAAGAUUAAGACUAGAACAACAACAAAUGCAAAAAAGUAAGAAAUCAAGUCAUUCUACGUCGAUACGGAAACCUACUGUAAAUAAUGCUAAUGGGAAUAACAAUAACCAAUCCAUAUCACAAACUUUAGCCGCUAACAGAGCAGCAGCUGUGGUCACAAAAUCAUCACCUGAGAAUGAUCACAAGAGAACUAUGAAAUAUUUGCAAGAGCAAUUGAUGGUCCUAACGCGAGAUAGGAAAGGUUUAUCAAAACAAACUAUUACUACGAUAUUAACUCAAGCUUUAGCAAUGACUAUAAAUCAAGUAACUCAAGCAGCCAAAAGUAAAGGCAUUACGGGGAAUCCACUUAUAGCAUUAAUGGAUAAAAAUCCACAACAUUUGAACUUAAUUUUAGCAGCAGCAGUUAAUGCAGCUACAGCUAAAGUAACGAAUGGACAAGUAAAACAGCUAGUUAGUAUACCGCCUCCGUCUAGUCCUUUAGCUAAGCCUACGGUAUCACAACAAGUUAAUACCACCGCUGCGUCACAUAAUAAUAGUAUUGCCAAUGAAUCAUCUCAUUCAAAAUCAGAGGCUGCUGGUUCAUUUGAUCCAACAUCAUUGUCACGAUUUUUCCAGCCGAAACAACAACAGCAGCAACAACAACAACAACAAAACAAGACUACGACACCAACUUUGGCGAAGCAGCCUAUAGUUCCUCAGAAACGUAGUCGAGAAGGGGAUGAUGAAGGACGAGAUGAGAAAAAGCCAAAUAAAGGCGAUGAAACGUCAAGUGGUGAUGAAUCUGACUCGUCAACGUCAUCAUCAUCGUCGUCGUCGUCAUCCUCGGCUUCAUCGUCUGCAGCUUCUGCAAGUUCCUCUUCUUCAUCGUCCGAAUCAUCGAAUGAUUCAUCAUCAUCAUCAUCAUCAUCAGGUGAAUCUGAUAAUGAGGGUUCUAAUGAGAACGAAAACGAGAACGAAAACAAAGACGAGAACGCAAACGAAAACGAAAACGAAAACGAAAACGAGAACGAGAAUGUGAAUGAGAAUGAAGACAAUCUUAGGAAGAUAAGUUGUCCAAGUGGUCCCGUUCCAAUACUGACUGGUAAAGAUAGUGACAAAAAGGAGGAAACUGCUGACGACCGUAAAGAAAGUGGCGAUAAGGAUACAAACGAAAUGAAUGAUAAAAAGGAAGGAACAUCUUCUUCUUCAUCAUCUUCGACUUCCUCAUCUUCAUCAUCAUCUGGUUCAUCAUCCUCUGAUGAGUCUGAUGGGACGGAAUCCAGUUCAGAUGAAGAUGAUGGAUCUACAGAUGAAGCAAAAUAG